AAAGGUUCCGAUGGUACCUCCUCCUCAUUCUGGUUCACCGCUACCUUUUAUGGUAUACAACGGAGAACCUUUCGCACAACCCCCACCUGCGCACAUGGGAAUUCCAUCUGUUACAAUCGAUCCUAAAACAGGUAUACCGAGGCCUCCUGUGUACCACUUGGGCCCACCAGGACAGUACUCCCCCGUUUUCGGUCCUGAUUUCACUCAUCAACUUCAAUGGCACACGCCGGCUCUGUAUCCGACGACUUCGGCUGGUUUCCGAAGCGCAUAUACGGCCGCUCUUCCGGUGACUUCGGCCAGUUUGCCCAGGUUUAGCCCGCCCACUCUUCUUUCACCUUAUCCGGGCAUUUCCCAUCCGGCCCUAAUCACAACGGGACCGAAACAAGAGCUUCCUCUGCACCACUCCAACCAUAGAACAUUACCGGAGUAUCCAGGUGAACAAAAGUACAAUACGAAACCCGUCACAUCUACAAGCCAUAAUAGCACGUCUAACAGCACCGAAAAGAAGACGCACAUAAAGAAACCACUUAACGCCUUUAUGCUGUAUAUGAAGGAGAUGCGGGCCAAAGUGGUUGCUGAAUGUACCCUCAAAGAGAGCGCAGCAAUCAACCAAAUACUAGGAAGGAGGUGGCAUAGCUUGUCUCGCGAUGAACAAGCGAAGUACUACGAAAUGGCCAGGAAGGAGAGGCAACUCCACAUGCAGCUCUACCCUGGCUGGAGUGCACGUGAUAACUACGCACUCCAAGUAAAAAAGAAGAAAAGAAAAAAAGACAGGAACCAAGACGGAGACGGCAACAAUCUCAAGAAAUGCAGGGCCAGGUUUGGUCUAGACCAGCAGAGCAGUUGGUGUAAACCCUGCAGGCGGAAAAAGAAAUGUAUUCGUUACCUUGACGGCAACGACACCGCUCCGGAGAGUGAAGACAACAUGGGUAGUGCAGGCAGUGUUGAGGCUCCCACUCCGGACUCCAAUAAAACAGACGACACAGACAGCCAAGAUACGGACAAUGUUCACAAUAAUCAUACUAAUACCUCUCCCCAGUUGAGUCCCUGCAAUGACGAAGUGGAUACAAAACCUAUAUUAGACAAUAAUGGAAUGGUGAGAUCCACAAGCCCUACUAGGAACCACCAGCACCAUUUAUAUCAUCAUCAUCCUCUCAGUGUUCAUCAUCUCAUUCAACCUCAUUUCAACAGUCGGUCAACACUCAUCGCCAGGACAGAUAUGUCGCGUUUUCAAAGUCCAAGUGAGUCUGGUUCCAACCAAUUAGCGCCGCCUCCCAUGCUCACAGUGACAUAGGGCUGUUGUCAGAAUCAGUGUCAAAGAAGAACAGGAUCAUGAGUGCCAUUUCAAGAUCAAAAAAGCAAGAAAUGUUAGUAACAAGAACUCAAGAAUGUAACCUCAUUUAGGAAGCAUCAAUUGCAUUCAUUUUUUUCCUAUAUGCUGAUUUAACUUCAUUUCAAUUUUUUGCUGUAAAGAUGCUGCAGCAUGACAAAAGAUUGCUAUAAACAUAAUGUUUUAUAGUGUUAGAUUUUAAGCCACCAAUAUCAUUUUGAAACUUGUUCUAGCAUUUUAGAAUAUGCAUUCGUUUUAUAUGAUAUUUAGAAAUAUAAACUCUAAAUCCAUUCCUCUAAAUUAUUACAGAAUAAAGUUUUUGUUGUAUUUAUACAAUGAUUUACAAAAUCUUUUCGACUACUCACUUGUAUUGAUUUGUGUAUUUCUUAUUACACUUUUAAAUUUCAGACAAUAUUUUACCUCUACAUGCAUAUAUAAAAUAUUUUUUUUUAGAAUAAAAGAUUUUAAAAUGUUAUAAAAGUUUUUACAGUUAUGAACACUGUAAAACCCUUGCAAAAGUAUUAUCCCGUAAAAAGAAAUUUAAAGGAAAUUCUACAUUUGAAACAGAAUUUUAGGGAAUGCUCUGUUUUUGCCGCCUCUUUUUGUCUGUUAUUGAAUAUUAUUCAAAAAACAGGAAAAUAGCAAGGGAUUUGUACGAGCAAAAUGUUAGAUAAAGUCCAGUAUUCUUAAAAAAGCUCAGCUGAUGAUAUUUUGACCAUAUUGGUAUUUUCCCUUUGAGUUGCUUUGUGUUAUAUUGUUACUAUAACUAUUUUUCUUAGUCAUCUAAACACAUGAUUGGAUUCUGUGUGGGUUGAUCUAGAACAGAAGUGGUCACUCUGUAGUACCUGAACACUCCUUCGUCAAAGAGUGUGAAAAAGAGUAGGCUAUAUUAUGAAGUCAUGAAUCACAAUUGUGUGGAAGUGAUUUACUUUUUAGGAUUAAUCCCUCACACUGGCAACCCAUUUAUGGUUGCCAGUGUAAGAGCAUUCAUUUCGUGCAAAGUAUUCAAUUCCUGUGAAUUAAAUAUACUGCUCUCUAAUUUACACUAAAUUUAUUAAUUAAUGUAUGUACACUAAAUUUGUUAAUUAAUAAUUUUAUGCAGAGAGAUGCAUCUUAAAAUAAUCCAAAUUAAGAUACUGUAUCAGAUACUUUCAUCUGCGUUACACUCUAACCUGCACCCAUUAUCUACUCUGUUGAGUAUUCUUAUUAUGCUUUUCAUGUAAAUGUAGCUGACAUCUCUCUAUUUAUUUGACAGUAAAGAGUACAAGUCAGUUUGUAAAAUUUGUUCUGCUGCAUUUACCCAAAAAUUUCGAAAUUUCGUUUGCAGUAUUCCAAAAUAAAAGUAAGAUUAAAUAAAAAAACCAUGUGUGUUAAAUAAAAAAGGAUUUUUAUUGCAUUUGCAAACUUUCUCAUCGGUGAUAAACAAAAUAACUAUUAGUCUUUCAAAUAUACUGUGCACGUUCACUACGCCAAAAAAAACGGGGGGGGGGCAGUUCUAUAUCUCUCGUUCGAAUGAGCUAAUUCACGAAAUUCAACUUGCGUUUUUCAUGUCUCGAAAGCGUGACUUAGGAUAUGUAUUAGAU